UCGGUGACGCGGCCGCCAUGUUCCGGAGCCUGCUGGUGGCGGCGGCGCAGCGGCCGCAGGGCCCGGCCGGGCCCCCCCGCGCCGCCCCCGGUGCCGCGGCCGAGGCGCUGGAGGCGCAGUUCAGCUGCCCCAUCUGCCUCGAGGUUUUCCACCGCGCCGUCGGCAUCGCGGGCUGCGGCCACACGUUUUGUGGGGAAUGCCUGCAGCCCUGCCUGCAGGUGCCCUCCCCGCUGUGCCCGCUCUGCCGCGUGCCCUUCGAUCCCAAAAAGGUGGAGAAGGCUUCCAGCCUGGAGAAGCAGCUCUCGUCCUACAAGGCUCCCUGCAGAGGCUGCAGCAAGAAGGUGACCCUGGCCAAAAUGCGCUCUCACGUCUCGUCCUGCGCCAAGGUGCAGGAGCAGAUGGCCAACUGCCCCAAGUUUGUUCCAGUUGUUCCCACAUCCCAGCCUAUUCCCAGCAACAUUCCCAACCGCUCCACCUUCGUGUGUCCGUACUGCGGCGCGCGGAACCUGGACCAGCAGGAGCUGCUGAAGCACUGCAUGGAGAACCACCGCAACGACCCCAACAGAGUGGUGUGCCCAGUGUGCUCGGCCAUGCCCUGGGGGGAUCCCAGCUACAAGAGUGCCAACUUCCUGCAGCACCUGCUCCACAGGCACAAGUUCUCCUACGACACCUUCGUGGAUUACAACAUCGACGAGGAGGCGGCGUUGCAGGCAGCCCUGGCUCUGUCCCUCUCUGAGAACUGAGGCUGAUCCCUCUCCCUGCCCUGGCUCCUUCUGGACACUGCAGGAACCCUCCGGAGCCCCACUCUGUUCCCACUGCAAUUCCCACCUUGUUUGAGAAGGUGGAGGAGCCUCUUCAGCUGUCACAGUGAGUGAGCAGAGAGCUCUGGAGCAGGGCUGGGAUCAAUCCUUGGAUUGGAAUUUAAUAUCUGUGUUGGGAGCAUAGCCCUGUGUCCAGAUCUAUUUAUUGUUAGAUGCUUUUUGGCACACUCGUCCCUGCUCUCUGCUGCAGCAGAACAGGUACCUGGAACUGAUGGACUGGAUGCCAAACCCCCUCACUUGGGACUGGAAUCAGCCACAUCCUUUUAAAAAGGAGAAAGGCAGCACGGAGCAUCUUUUUUUAAACUCUCCAAGGAUUUUUUUUCUAGAGAUGUCAGGCUGUCCUGACCCCCAUGCUGGAGGCUGGAGCUGCCUCCUUCAGCUGGAUCCCAGGAUGAGACUGAGCAGUGCUUCAGAGGAGCCCUGGAGGAUGGCAUCCAGCACCCAGGGAAUCCUCCCCUUCCUCGUUUUGUACUGGCUCUUGGGACACCAAAUCCUUGCCUUUUUCUACACAAAACGAAGCCUUUUCCACGUUUUCUAGAGCGGGGUCAGAAGCUGUUCCCCUUCACUCUGCAAUAUCUGCCACCCUGGACAAGAGUAUUUUUAUGGAACACGAUGAAGAAAGUUUUUAUUUUUUACACAGAUAACCCAAGCAAACCAACACGUGGAUUGGGAAUGGGGCAGGAGCUGGAUCCCGGAGCGGCAGGUCGGACUCUGAGGUGGGGGAAGUGCAGGGGUCUCUCUGGGCCUUCCCUGGAUCUCUCUGGGCCUUUCCUGGAUCUCUUUGGGCUUUCCCUGGAUCUCUCUGGGCCUUUCCUGGAUCUCUCUGGGCCUUCCCUGGAUCUCUCUGGGCCUUCCCUGGAUCUCUCUGGGCCUUCCCUGGAUCUCUCUGGGCCUUUCCUGGAUCUCUCUGGGCCUUCCCUGGAUCUCUCUGGGCCUUCCCUGGAUCUCUCUGGGCCUUCCCUGGAUCUCUCUGGGCCUUCCCUGGAUCUCUCUGGGCCUUCCCUGGAUCUCUCUGGGCCUUCCCUGGAUCUCUCUGGGCCUUCCCUGGAUCUCUCUGGGCCUUUCCCUUCCCUCCCCUGCCUGUGAGGGAGCAGGCAGGAUGGUUGGGUUGGAUCCAGGUGCUGGUUGCCCAUGGAUUGGCUGUCCAUGCAGGAUCCCAGCCCCAAGCUCCCCCCAGAAAUCAGGGAUUGCAUCUCCCUGUGGCAGUCCCUCCCUGGGAACAUCCUGGUGACUCCUGUCCCUUCCUCUCAGCCCUGCCUGCUGCUGCUGGGGUUGGCUCUGGAGGACUGGCAGGGGCUGGCAGGGAGAUGGCACCAGGUGAGCCUGAGGGAGGAGGUGAUUCCCGAGAGCCUUCCUGCAGGAUUUGCAGGGAAAGGGUGGGAGAGGCCCCCUCUGCAUCUCCCAGCUCGAAGAAUUCCUGAGCUUUAUCCCAAACCUGCCUCCAGCUCUGCUCUAGCAAUACUGGCUUAGGGUUUAUUCUGGUUUUCAUAGUCCUGGAUGAUUUUGGGAUGGUGCAGGGAGCCCUCAGCUCCCCUGGCAGGGCAGGGAAAGGGCUGGAGCUGCCCCGCUGCCCUUUCUGGAGCCAGGCCAGUGAGGAGGGGUGGGAUCUUCUCUUACCUGCCCAGCAUUGCUGGCACCUGGAGGAUGUUCCUGAUGGGAUGGGGAGAGCACUGGCAUCUUCCAGGAGGGACCUGGGAGUGUUUCCCUGUCCUGUGCUCAGCUGGGAGCCUCAGCUGCUGGAGCAGCCUCUGUGAGAGCUCGGUGCUGUUAACCUCGGGCUGCUCCCCUCUCUUCUCCUCCUGCUUCUCCUUUUUGCCCCACAGAGACAGAGCAGGGGCAGCAAGAGCUGCUUUUGUAAAGCACUUUAAGGCCCUGGGUGUGAGGGGCCACACCAGGCUGUGCCAGGGAUCCUUUUCUGUGCCAGGGAUCCCUCUCUGUGCCAGGGAUCCCUCUCUGUGCCAGGGAUCCCUCUCUGUGCCAGGGAUCCCUCUCUGUGCCAGGGAUUCCUCCCUGUGCCAGGGAUCCACAGAUCCCACUGGCCGUGCCCACCAGUGCGUCGCCCACCACUUUUUUGCAUAAUUAGAACUUUUAACGAGCUGUCCUGUUUUUUGGAGAGGAAUGAACUCGAUGACGUAUUUGUAGCAAACCAUUUUUUCUCAAUAAAGGCAGUUUCAUCCA